ACAUAUCAAGGGUCCAACCGCGAGAAGAAGACCACGUCGUAGUUACCCAUGGCCGAGUUUGGGAACUUUUUGUGACUUUUUUUAAUGACUUUUUGUGCUCCGUGAAAAACCAAAAAAGAAACCCGGAUAAAAACGUGGGAGUUGAAGCAGCGACAGGACUGAGUUUGCGACUUUUUUGCUCUGAAAGUUGCUGCGCUCGUAUGAUUCACGAGUCUCUCGAGAUUUUGUCUUUCUACAUGGGAACGUAUUCAAAAAGAAAAAACGAUAUGAGGAUUAUCUGUUUGCUGUGAGGUUCAACGCCGUCGAGCAAAGAGGAGUUUCUCCAGCGAGGAGCAGAAAACGGCAUGUAGCGCAGGAUUUAGGCACCCGUUCAUCCUCCUCCUCCUCAUCGUCCUCCUCCUCCUCUCCAGACAUCUUUGGGAAUGGGCCAGCGCCUUGCCAGGGUGCAUCUUUCCACCCGGUGGUGUGGCUGGCGUCGUGCGAGAGUGAGGAGGGCAGCGGCCAGGUCAUAGAGCCUGCCCACCCCUCUCUCCGCUUGCUUGCUCCCAAGUGACUUUUGACCUUUGACUCAGCUGUGACCUCCAGCCAGCCAUGCCCUUCCGGCUGAAGCUGCGGCGCACACGGCGCUACAACGUCCUGAGCAAGAACUACUUUGUGACACGAAUUCGCCUGCUAGACAGCAAUGUGAUUGAAUGCACUCUGUCUGUGGAGAGUACGGGACAAGAAUGUCUGGAGGCGGUGGCCCAAAGACUGGAGCUACGGGAGACCCAUUAUUUCGGGCUGUGGUUCCUAGGGAAGACCCAGGCCCCGGCCCAUCGCUGGGUGGAGCUGGAGAAACCGCUCAAGAAGCAGCUGGACAAGUUUGGCAAUGAACCACUGCUCUUCUUCGGAGUCAUGUUCUACGUGCCCAGUGUUUCCCGACUGGAGCAAGAAGCCACCAGGUAUCAGUAUUACCUGCAGGUGAAGAAGGAGGUGUUGGACGGACGUCUCCACUGCACAGUAGAGCAGGGGAUCAGACUAGCGGGCCUAGCAGUACAAGCUGAUUUUGGAGACUUCACUCAGUUCAUGUCUCAGGACUUUCUCAGGGAGUACGUGCUCUUCCCAGUGAACUGGCCUAAUGGAGACGAGGUGCUGGAGGAGUGGACCCAGAAAGUCGCUAAAGAGCACAAGAGUCGCUGUCGAAUGCAGACCGCUGAAGCAGAGCUGCUGUACAUCAAGGAGGUUGAAAAACUGGACGGCUUUGGGCAGGAGAGCUUUCCUGCCAAGGACAACUACACCAACGAUAUUUUCAUUGGUGUGUCCUUCAUCGGGGUGUUUGUCAAACACAGAAAUGGCAGAUCCAUCAUGCUCCACAAGUGGAAGGACAUCGGUACCAUUGCGCACAACAAGUCAGCCAUCACAGUGGAGAUAACAAGCAGAGACGACACCAUCAUUUUUCACAUGGAGGAUAUGGAAAUGGCCAAGUACAUCGCUCGUCUUUUCACGGCCAGACACAAAUUCUACAAACAGAACAAGAUCUGCGCAGAGCCUACUCACUCACCUGCACCAAUCAGGAGAAGACCCACCUGGACCCACCGCCUGUCUUUGCCGCGGCCCCAGUCUUGUAACUUCCAGUCGAUGCAUUCUCAGUAUGGAGAGCAUUAUCAGGACACACAGAGCUCUCAAGACAGUAUCUUCCAUGACGAAGCCUACUACAAGUCAGAGACUAGUCUGGACCGCUGCCCAGCGGACUUUCCCUUCCGUAACGGUACCGUGCCCAAUGGCAGUAUGUACAGCAGUCCCAGCCUGAGCUCCCUCAAUCACUCCCAGACCUUCGUCCCGCCCUCACCUAUGUCCUCCAACCUCAGCAUCCCCGGCAGCGAGCUCAUGCGCCCUGACUACAUCCCCAGCCACCGCCACAGCGCCAUCAUUGCUCCGUCCUACCGGCCCACGCCUGAGUAUGAUGCUGUCAUGCGGCAGAAGCGUUGCAUGCUCCCUGCUCACCAUGACCUCCACAGCCAAUCGCUGCGAAGUCUGAACAUCAGUAAUGCUUGUGCUUACCGCCAGCCUGAGGCUCUGGUGUAUAGCCAGCCAGAGAUGAGGGCCGUGGGCCCUUAUCAUGGCCUGGGGCCCAAUCAAUCUUACACACCACAGAUCAGCUACAGUAAGCCAGUAUCCCACGGCCCUCAUCAGGGAGGACCAGCCAACAGCCAGGGCCCCUGUCAUUCUCCCUGCGUUAAUGGAGGUGGAGGCAGUGGCGGGGGUGGAGGUGUAGGAAGCUCCAUCUCUCACACUGUCAGCACACCUGAACUGGCGAAUACCAAACAACAGGGGAACAAUGCAGGAAGCUAUGCAGCUACAGCUAACGUGCUGAGAAACCACAUGUCGCGCCCUCCUCCACCUUACCCUUCCAGCUCCUUCCGCCCGGCCACCAGCACCCCGGACCUGGCCAGCCACCGUCACCGCUGCAUCGGGGGCAGCAGUCCAGAGCUGGUAACCCGCAUGGUUCAGCUGUCGGUCAAGACCUUCCAACCGGACAGCUCGGCCGUGGUGCACCAGUCCCUGCAGGAGGUUAGUGAACCUUUAACUGCAGCUGCUAAGCACCGCUCCACCCUGGGCAAGAGACACAGCAUGGAGGUGAUCAGCAGCAUGAGAGGAGGUGGAGGAGGAGGGAUGGAGGGCAUAGUGAUGAAGAGCAUAAAUGCUCCUCUUCAUCGGAGAAAUACUCUCAGAGAACAUGUGAUGCCACCUCAGCCUCAGUCCAUCCCUCAGUCCCAGCCCCAAACCCCUCAGCCACAACCCCAGCCACAGCCUCAGCAACCACAGGAGUUGCCAAUGCAGAUGCCUGCUCAGAAAGCAUCUGAGGCUUCUGUAGCACCACCUGAACCUGUGGCCUACCAGCAUCAAAAGACUCUCUCCAAUGCUACCAUGCUCAUACACAGUAGUGAGAGUGAAGAAGAGGAGGAGGAGGAAGACGAGAGCCCUGUGUUGGAUGUUCAAAUUCCAGGUCUCAAUGAGGGCAUCAGCGCUCAGCUCCAGGCUGCUCUGGCCAAACUGCCCAACAAACCCCCUCCAGAGUACCCUGGUCCUCCUAGACCUCCUAGCAAUGCUCAAAUCCGCACCCACAACCACACUCACCACCACAACCACAAUCAAGGACCGCAAAGCAACCAGGGACAAAUGGACCCAAACCAAGCCCAGGGACGGGCACUCAAAGCUGGGCAGAGCCCAGGUGGUUGCGGACCUGGAGGUGGUGGUGGUGCAGGUGCUGGUGGGACACGAGGGGACCAGGGUGGGGUGAAUGGGGGGGUUUUAGGUCCAUCUAUUUCAGAACCGGACUUGACCAGCGUGAAGGAGAGGGUGCGCAAGGAGCCGGUCAAAGAGAGGCCGGUAUCAGAGAUGUUCUCCUUAGAAGACAGCAUCGUGGAGAGGGAAAUCGCUCAGAGGACGCUGGAACGACAGAAGAUGUCCGUGGACUCCAUGAAGAGGCCGCUGAUGAUGGCCGCCCUCAACGGUCUCUACGUGGCCCGAAUGCCAGUCCCAGAGAGCCCUGCGGAAGAUGGUGGCAAGGCAGCUACCGACGAACGGUGUAAGACCUUGGAGUUGAAGCUGGAAGAGGAGCGAGUCUUCACUGAGUAUGAGCAGGUGCCCAAGAAGAGGACAGACUGUGUUCUCACCACAGCAACUCUGCCCGAAAACACAGAGCGCAACCGUUUCCGUGACGUCGUUCCGUACGAGGAGAAUCGGGUCGAGCUUGUACCAAACAAGGAGAACAACACGGGCUACAUCAAUGCCUCGCAUAUCAAGGUGAUGAUCAGAGGGGAGGAGUGGCACUACAUUGCCACCCAGGGCCCGUUAGCUAACACCUGUGCCGACUUCUGGCAGAUGGUCUGGGAGCAGGGGGUCAACGUCAUCGCCAUGGUUACAGCCGAGGAGGAGGGUGGCAGGUCCAAGAGUCACCGUUACUGGCCCAAACUGGGCUCCAAACACAACUCAGCCACUCACGGAAAAUUCAAGGUGACCACCAAAUUCCGUACAGACUCAGGCUGCUACGCCACCACGGGGUUAAAGGUCAAACACCUGCUGUCUGGCCAGGAGAGGACGGUCUGGCACCUGCAGUACACUGACUGGCCUGAGCAGGGCUGUCCUGAAUAUGUCCAGGGAUUCCUCUCGUACCUAGAGGAGAUCCAGUCCGUAAGGAGACACACCAACUCCAUGCUGGACACGUCGAAGAGUCUCAAUCCACCUGUGGUGGUUCACUGUAGUGCCGGGGUGGGUCGCACCGGAGUGGUCAUCCUCACCGAGCUCAUGAUCAGCUGCCUGGAGCACAAUGAGCCCGUGGAGGUUCCCACCAUGUUGUCUGAGCUGAGGCAACAGAGGAUGCUGAUGGUGCAGACCAUCUCCCAGUACAAGUUUGUCUACCAGGUGCUCAUCCAGUUCCUCAAGAACUCCCGCCUCAUCUGAGCCCGGUAUGCUGACCUUGACCUUACACGAGGUGGCAGAACGGCUCCAGAUAACGACAAUGGUAGUUUGGAUUAGCAUAAGGACUGUACAACAGAUGCAGUGUAACUGAUAGCUGGUUGGAAGCAGAUACAGAGAUCCAUGUUGAGUUGUCAAUGUGGAAGUUUAUGGAAAUUCUGGUGAAAUUUCAUACAAAACUCACUUCAAGGGAGGAAAGGAUUUGUGGAGGCUAGAAAUUGACGACCAUUUCUUUCCCCCCUGGGUUUUUACUCCUGGACCUGGUCCUUCUGCGUGGAGAAUGCACGUGUGUGUGUUUUCUCCAUGCAGGGGUCUGUCUACGUGCCCCAUGUGCUCUUGAGAUUUCUUAACAAAUAUUUUGAGGAAUACAAUCUCGGUUUCAAUUCGGAUAGAUUGCCUGCUACAUUUCUCAGUCAUUAUUUAGCCAUUAUUAGAAAUGGCACUAUGCUGCAUGAACAGUAGGUGGCAGCAGUAUUAUUACUAUUUUCUAUACUCUGAAAGAGUUUGCCAAACAAAAGUAUUCCUUAAAUCACUGUUCUAAAAUGGUCCUUUUAUUUUUAACAGAGUAUUAAUUAAUACAGCAAAUAUUUACUUCAACAUUGUAACAAAUGUUUUUAUUUAUUUCUAUCAAGAUUGUGGCCAUUGCCAUUGAACAGAGCAUCGGCAAGCAUGUUGAUCCUUGCCCUGUCAACCUUUUCAUCUUCGAACUUGUCUUACUUUUGACUAUAUUUUUUUGGAAAGCCUUCCUCGUCAAUGUCAAAAGGAUCUCUUACCUUUUCCUUGAUACAUUUGUAUUAAGAUCCCGCUCCACAUGCAAACACAGAGUGCGUUUUAGCGGUUUCUAACUCGUUUCUUGAAUCACAGCUCGUUGCGAUCAAACGUGUCUUAUCACAUUUCCGACCUAAAAGCAUUUCAAGAGUCUAAAAAGUGUUUGUCCAGGUAAAUGGAGAUCAUUUAUAAAUAUAAUUUCACAGUUGGCACUGGCAGUCGAUAGAGAAAUGGGUUCUUAUACAGCAAAUACUGAAUACACUGUGUCAUUGUGCCUUAUUGAAACACGAAACAGCAGAAGCUGGCAGCCCCAUCCUUGCUUCAGGGUUCUGGAUGGGUUUGUUAAGCUAAAUUCCUUUUUGUUUUGUUUUUUUACCUACAAAGAUUAAAUCUUUAAAUUGGUGUUGGUUUUGUUAUAAGAGCAACGUUAACAUCUUAAAUCAUUUACCUAACUCUCAGGUAAGGAUUUGGCAGUAGUUUGGUUUUUAAAGGAUAAUAGUAUAAACAUGACACGACUGACUUUGCCAAAAACAAAAGGCAGCCGUUAGUACUAAUCUGAUCCAAUGUUCCUGGAUCCUGUUUAUAAAAUUACACUCUGAAGAAUUUCGUUUUUACAUGUUACGUUAAAUAAUCUUUUUUAUUUUUCUGAUACAAAGUCAGCCAUGUCCAAAGUAACUUUGUACAUAAUGGACAUGUGAGAAAAGAUUUCUACAAAUGUUUUAUAUAGUUUCUUUUUUUGACUUGGUACCCUAAAAAUACCGCAACAUAAUAAACUAUGCAUGCAUUUUUAUAUUUCAAUGUAUAUAUUCUAAAAUAAGUAUAAGCUUUAUGCUCUCUUGACAUAUAAGUGUUUUGUUGCACUUCUGUUCUCUUUGUGACAGUAUUUCUCACACGGCAUUCCACUGUUUGUUUAUAUUUAAUUUUUCCCCUUCAUCUUUCUUUUUUUUGGCAAAACUCCCAAAUACCUUUCAAAGUAUGUGUACAUAUGUUUUGUAUAUGCGUUUUCAGUGCAUCAAGUCUUUUGUUUUUCUCUCCCCAGACAUGUAUGAAGCUGUCGUACUUGCUUAUUAUGCAAUAAAGCCUUAUUUUCUUUAA